AGCUUCUACAGAUAGCAUGGUCAAGAAGACAGAGGAGGUUUCAAGUAUUUCAAAAGAGAUGAAAGUCUCUAAUAAGGAAGUAGCUGAAGAAAACUAGUUACUACGCUAAUAGUUAACAUCAGUACAGCAGUCCAGUUGUUCCACGUCGUGCUAUGUUCGAAGUACAGAAGCAGCUUGCCAUAAACACUGGCAAGACCAGGAACACAGCUUCGGGCAAUCUGAUGGAAACGUUAGGAAAAGAGAGGUACACGCGGGGUACCCCUAUGAGUUGUGCUCAGCAAUGUUACGCCAUGGUGGGGCUACCCGCUCGAGGGAAGUCCUACAUAGCCCACCGGCUUGCCAGGUACCUCAACUGGAUCGGAAUCAAGAGUAAAGUUUUCAACGUUGGUUCAGUUCGGAGGGAGUUGGUUGGAGUUAACAUGCCGUGUGAUUACUACGAUCCUAACAACACUACCGGAGCCCAGUCCCGCAGGAUGGUAGCGAGUCAUGUUCUAGAUACGAUUGUAGACUGGUUUAAAGCGGAUCCUGAUAACAGCGUUGCUAUUCUAGACGCAACGAACACGACUCGGGACCGCAGGGAUCUCAUUCUAGAGAAGAUCACACCAGAAGGUAUCCAGGUCCUGUUUAUUGAGAGUGUACUGGACGAUGUUCAGAUUGAGGAGAUGAAUAUUAGGGAGCACAAGGUCCGUUGUCCGGACUACCAGGGAUGUGACCCUGAUGCAGCUUUCAAGGACUUCUCAGAACGGAUCCAGAACUACAAAAAGGCUUACGAGGCACUGUGUCUUAAUCUGGAUAGAGAACUGUCAUUUAUUAGAGUUUCUAAUAUCACUCAGUUUCACAUCAAUAACCUCGCCAGUACGGUACAGUCGAAGUCUGCCUAUUUCCUGAUGAAUAUCCGACCUCAUACCAAAACUACGCUCUACCUUUCACGACACGGCGAGAGUCAGUUCAACGCAGAAGCUAAAAUUGGCGGGGACACCAAUCUAACGGAAAACGGUAUAAGAUACGCAAAGAAGUUGGGGAAAUUUGUCCAGGAGAACAAUCUUACGGAUGUUCCAGUGUGGACUAGUAUUAUGAAGAGAACUAUCGAGACAUGCUCCCAUCUUCCUAACCAAAACGUCCAGAGGUACAAAUCUUUGAACGAGAUAGACGCUGGGAGAUGUGACGGUCUAACUUACGAAGAGAUAGAGGAUCUGUAUCCGGAGGAGUUUGCUCUCAGAGACCUGGACAAAUAUAAUUACAGGUACCCUCAAGGAGAAUCGUAUCAGGAUAUCUGCUGUAGACUGGAGCCAAUUAUCAUGGAUCUUGAGAAGCAGGAUCAGAUAUUGGUAAUUUGCCACCAAGCUGUGCUGAGAUGUGUUGUUGGCUACUUCCUCAACCUAUCAACUGAAGAGAUACCUUACAUUAAGAUACCCCUGCAUACCGUCAUCAAGAUAACUCCAGUAGCAUACGGUUGCGAGAAAGAAGAGAUAACGUUUGGAGUGGACAGUUCCGUCAAUACUCACCGGGCCCAACCAACUCAGGAGUCGAUAGAACAGAGACUACUUGCUCUGGACGUAUCUAUUGUAGACUCAGGGGACAUUUGCAACUCAGACUCACCUGUUGUAUCUGUUAAUGGAAACCAUAGUGAUUUAAGGACGUAGAGACUUUGUGGGAAAUUAGAAUUUAGGGGAUCAGUUUUUAAAAUGAACAGGUGUUUUUAAACAGCUCGAAAACGAGGAGUGAAGUUUCCAAUUUGUAAUUAGGUUUAACAAAUUCAAUGAAAAACUUGGCGUUAUUUGGAGCGUUCGAUGUUACUUAAAAGCAACGGCCAAUGAGUAUUUUACUAUUAU